CCGAAAUACAGUUAUUGUUUACGGAUCUCUGACGAAAAUAAAAUAUUCUACAAAAAUGACUGAAUCCGACGAGACCGGUUGGAUACAAUGGUUCUGCAAGCAGCGCGGAAACGAGUUCUUUGCAUUCGUGGAUGAGGAGUACAUCCGCGACAAGUUCAACCUGAUGUUCCUGGACACGGAGUUGAGAAACUAUAGCAGCGCCCUCGAUGUGAUCCUCGACCUGAACUCAGGGUCCCGCUCCGAUAAUGGACCCCAGUCCGAGGUGGACGAAAGCGCCGAGAAGCUCUACGGGAUGAUCCACGCCCGCUUCAUCCUCACCGAUCGCGGCAUUGAUCUGAUGAUCAAGAAGUUCCACAAGGGCGUCUUUGGAACAUGCCCACGCGUCUUCUGCCAUCGCCAGCACGUGCUGCCCAUCGGCCUGAGCGACACUCCCGGCGAGGAAAUGGUGCGUCUCUACUGCCCCAAGUGCAACGACAUCUACACUCCGAAGUCCGGUCGCCAUCGCAACCUGGAUGGCGCCUUCUUCGGCACUAACUUCCCCCAAAUGCUGUUCAUGGUCAAGCCGGAGGCGCGACCCAAGCGUUCAAAGACCAAGUUUGUGCCCAGACUUUAUGGGUUCAAGAUCCAUCCACUGGCAUAUCGCACUGGGCCACAAAAGGGCCUGGACGAAACUGAUAUUUAGAAUAAAUGUCGCCUCAAAACAAAAUUCUCCGUGCAUCAAAUCGUGCUAACAUAAAUGAGGUCGAUUUGUGCUAAGAAACGGAAGUGUUUCCGUUCCCCUGUCCGUCUUGCAAGGGCAAUUACACUGUGUGCUGAAUCCUACAACAUUACACUACAACAAGUCUGCUUCAAGUUGCUUUUCAUAAUUAUA